AUGAGUAGCGAGAGCGAAGAGAGUGUGUUUUGGAAUGAUAAAACGUACGGAUACGAAGGAACUUUUCCAUCCGAAUUCGAGCAUAGUUACAGAAACACUCGGUGGUUUGAGGCCGCAAAUCAGAGCGCAAUCAAUCAAUAUGAAUCUGGGACGAAAAGGACUCGAUUUUCUCCAGAAUCCCAUCACCAGGAAGGAGGCGCUGACAGUUCAGAACAAUCGAGCCCUCUCGGCUUGACGCUGCGGAAAACGCCGUCGUUUUUGAAUCUGGUGCAGACGAGUCUGUCUCAGGGCAAGAAACCACCACCAGCAGCAGCAGCAGAGCGACCGAAAAAGGACGACAUGGGAUCUUCUUCUUCUUCUUCUUCAUCUACUACGCCUGAGAAAUUGAAGGCUUCCAAUUUUCCCGCCAUUUUCAUUAAGAUCGGCGUUUGGCAGCGGACGACGAGGAACGAGGGAGAUUUGACUGCGAAACUGUACUAUGCGAAGCGGAAGCUGGUUUGGGAGGUGUUGGAUGGGGCACUGAAGAGCAAGAUCGAAGUACAAUGGUCGGAUAUCAUCGCGAUUCGGGCGACUACGUUCGAAAACGAGCCCGGGACGUUGGAAAUCGAGCUUAAUCAACCGCCUUCGUUCUACCGAGAAAUCAAUCCGCAGCCGAGAAAGCAUACCCUUUGGCAGCAAGCGUCCGACUUCACGGGCGGCCAAGCGCCGAUUUGGAGGAGACAUUACGUGAGGUUCCCGCCCGGAAUUCUCGACAGACACUACGAAAAGCUGUUGCAAUGCGACCAACGGCUCUUUGCCCUGAGCCAGAAGCCCUUCCCGAGCCACGAAUCACCUUAUUUCGACCCCACCAUGUUCGGGAUUUCAGAACUAUCUAUCGGUUUCAGUGGCUACGGAUCACCUUAUCUCCAUAGACCCUACCCUACAGCAGCAGCCCCAAUAGCGCUAAAUCCCGCAUUUCCAGGUGUUUAUCCUACGGACUUCCCAUUUAGGCUCGCAAGACGUAGCAAUCAGUUUUCGGCUCCGCCACAUUCACCUUGGGGUCAAGGGACGCCUUUUAACAUAACCCCACCGGGCAACGACGUUUUUUCAUACCAAAGCUAUCAACAACAACAACCGAACGUAGGACUGAUAAACGAUAUCGAGAGCCAUUUGAUGGGAGAGCCUCAAGUGGGGUCCUCAGAAGAAGGAACCUUCGGUGGCAGGGGAGUCGAGUCCAGCACUGUGGAUGUGACUUACGAUGCGAAUAUUUCGGGAACUAAUUACCAAGGUAAUAGUGGGCCCGGCCCAGAUGAGUUGAUUCAUUACAGGAGGUAUAAUAUGGAUAGUGGAAUGCUAGACGGGGAGUAUCGGGAGAUGAGCUUCAACUGGAUGCCAGCAGGACAGCCGGAUGAUGAUACGGCGGAUGAGCAAAUGGGGAAUAAUGAUUCGCUUCCACCGUUCGUUUUUCCUGAUCCUGACGAUGAUGACCCGAGUGACGAGCAUAUUUUUUAA